AUGGCGUACGUAAUUCUCGUCUUCGGAGUUGCACUCCUGCCUGCAGCAAACGGACAAUGUAUCAACGUCACGCUUCCGAACAUCCUCAACUUGGGCGAGUGCCUGGGAACCACGCUGAGAGCCUGUCCCGACACGUCGGAUGGCCUCGUACCAGACCUCACUCGUGUUCUUGGGUGUGUGCUCCAGAUUCUGCCUCAGAUUGGAAGCCCUGUCUCUGUGCUGUAUAAUGUCGUCGGAUUACUUGAAGCUGUCCUGGCUAGACUGGGCCUAUCUGGCGAUAUUGGUGGGCUUGCCAAUAUCCUUUGUCGUCCCCUUGGAAUUCCGCUGUUCAACUGCGGCACCUUCAGUCCAGGAAACAUCGUUUGCCAGGAACCUCUGCGGAUAAGCCUGCCCAGUGUAUUCAACGUCGGAGCGUGCCUGAACACAACCCUCUUGUUCUGCGAAGCCGGGUCAACAAUUUCGGAUCCCAUCCUGAGGGAGCUGUUGCAAGCAGUCGGAUGCAUUCUGAGCGUCGCUCCAGAAGGUCUACAACUGGACCUCGUCUCGAGCCUGGUGUGCCCCCUGGCGGACAUCCUGAAUUCGUCGGUGAACGAGUUCACCUCGCGACUUCCUUUCCGGUUCCUCACACGUGGAAUCACCAACGCCGUCGGCUCCCUCACCGAUAACCUCCUCGGAGCAGUCGGCAACUGUAACACGUAA